GUUCAUUUUCUUCACGAAAGAAAGGGUCAUAAUUCUUUCCUUCAUCUAUAAUCAAAUCCUCUUCAAACUGUAGGAUCCGGUUUUCAGACUAAAAAAGAUGGCGAUUUCGGCAGUAUCUCCAGUAGAUAUGCUUAGUGAAAGAGCAGCGAAGAUGAGGGAGGCGCUUCAGAAGAGUCAAUCCAUUACCGAUACCAUGGUCUCCGUACUUGGUUCCUUCGACCAUCGUCUUUCUGCCCUUGAAACCGCCAUGCGCCCUACUCAGAUUAGAACACACGCUAUCAGGAGAGCUCAUGAGAAUAUUGAUAAGACAUUGAAGGCAUCAGAAGUUAUAUUGUCUCAAUUUGAUAUUUCUCGUCAGGCUGAGACUAAGAUACUUAGAGGUCCACAUGAAGACUUGGAAAGCUACCUUGAAGCGAUCCAGCAACUAAAGAGCAAUAUUAGCUUCUUCAGCAACAACAAAAGUUUUAAGAGCAGCGAUGGUGUAAUUAAUCAUUCAAAUAAUUUACUUGCUAAAGCUCUAUCAAAGCUAGAACAGGAAUUUGAGCAAAUCAUGUCAUCUUAUAGCAAACCUGUGGAGCCUGAACGCCUUUUUGAGUGCCUUCCAAGUUCAUUAAGACCAUCAUCUGAGUCACCGGAUAAUGAAGGAAAUUCAGGUGGCAAACAUCAUCCUGGUCAUGAGCAGCAUCACAACGCUGAAUUAGAGGAUGCAGUUUACACUCCGCCUGUUCUCAUUCCACCAAGAAUUUUGCCGCUACUGCACAACUUAGCCCAACAAAUGGCUCAAGCUGGUCACCAGCAACAAUUGGUUAAAAUAUACAGAGAUACUCGUUCUCCAGUUUUGGAAGAAAGUCUUCGCAAAUUGAGAGUGGAAAACCUGAGCAAGGAGGAUGUUCAGAAAAUGCAAUGGGAAGUUCUAGAGGCUAAGAUUGGGAACUGGAUUCAUUUCAUGCGAAUAGCCGUCAAACUAUUGUUUGCUGGGGAACGUAGAGUAUGUGAUCAGAUACUUGAGGGCAUUGGUUCCCUCAAUGACCAGUGUUUUGCUCAAGUCACUUCUAGUAGUGUUUCUGUGCUGCUUAGUUUUGGAGAAGCCAUUGCCAAAAGCAAGAGGUCACCAGAAAAGUUAUUUGUGCUUUUAGACAUGUAUGAAAUCAUGCGGGAACUUCAUUCAGAGAUUGAAGCACUUUUCAAGGGGAAGUAUUGUGUGGAAAUUAGAGAAUCUGCAGUGGGCUUAGCAAAGCGGCUUGCCCAGACUGCAAAAGAAACUUUUGGUGAUUUUGUGGAAGCAGUUGAAAAAGAUGCUACCAAGACUACAGUUGCAGAUGGAACUGUUCAUCCUCUGACAAGCUAUGUUAUUAAUUAUGUCAAGUUCUUGUUUGAUUACCAAACAACCUUGAAACAACUUUUCAAAGAAUUAGAAAAUGGAGAAUCAGAUUCGCAGUUUGCAGCUGUAACAAUGCGAAUAAUGCAGGCUCUCCAGACUAACCUAGACAUGAAAUCAAAGCAAUACAGGGAUCCCGCUUUAACUAACUUGUUCCUCAUGAACAAUAUUCACUAUAUGGUCAGAUCUGUACGCAAGUCUGAAGCCAAGGAUCUGCUAGGCGAUGAUUGGGUCCAAAGACACAGGAGGAUUGUCCAACAGCAUGCCAAUCAGUACAAGAGGAUUGCUUGGACGAAGAUUCUGCAGUCUCUCUCAAUACAAGUCAUGGGCUCAUCUGGUGGCGGUGGAAGUUCCAUGGGUGGUGCUGAUGGAGGAAAUAAUAGUAGUGGGGUUUCCCGAACAAUAGUGAAGGAUCGGUUGAAGUCAUUUAAUAUCCAGUUCGAGGAUCUUCAUAAAAUACAUUCACAGUGGACCGUUCCAGACUCUGAGUUGCGUGAAUCCUUAAGACUAGCAGUCGCUGAAGUCCUGUUGCCAGCAUAUAGAGCUUUCAUCAAACGUUUUGGGCCAUUGGUUGAGAAUGGGAAGAACCCGCAAAAGUACAUCAGGUACAAUGUGGAGGAUCUUGAUCACAUGCUGGGAGAGUUCUUCGAGGGGAAGAGUAUGAAUGAACAACCUAGACGAUAGAUAGAGCUCGGUUUUGCAUCUGUCUAUUCUGUUUGUGUGGUUUUUGAGUAUGGCAUUUUCUUCUUCUUAUUCUUCUCCCUUUAGUGACAGAUCUGUUUGUCCAUUUUCCUGUUGUAGUUGUAGAUAUCAACUCCCUUUAAUAGUAUUUCUUUUUUAUUUAGGAAAAUUUCAUCUGUAUAAAAAAGAAGUUAUCUAGGUUAAUUUGGAAUGAUAAUGUUGUGUUUGUAGUUGUU